AUGAUUAAGCUUCAGAAGAAUGGAAAAUACAGUGUGAAUAAGUUUGUACCAGAGCAUAACCAUGAGGUUGUUACACCAACGAAGGUGCACAUGUUAAGGUCACACAAAAGCUUGACUAAUUAUCAAAAAGCUGACAUAGAUAUCAUAAAUGAUUCAGGAAUAACACCACGAGUAGGUGUCGAAUAUUUUAGUAGACAAGCUGGAGGUCGAGAGAAUAUGGGUUUCACGCCAAUUGAUUACAAGAACUACUUACAGAGAAAGCGAAUGAAAGCGAUGGAAAAGGGUGAUGCAGGAGCUGUUUUAGAGUACUUUCAACAAAAGCAAAUUGAUGAUCCGUCUUUCUUUUAUGCUAUAAAAGUGGAUAAAGUUGAUCAAAUGAGGAACAUGUUCUGGGCAGAUGGAAGGUCAAUAGUGGACUACAGUGUUUUUGGGGAUGUCAUUUGCUUUGAUACUACCUAUAGAAUAAAUAGCUAUGGAUGA